AUGGAAAGACCACACGUGUUAAAAGUCUCUGCUUGUAGAAUUUCAGAGUCCUCGUUGACCCGUAUUGUGAGGAUGGCUGGUGAAAUAGAAACCCUAGAGGAGCCUGUAGAAAAGGAGGGAUCAUUAGUUGGGGAUGAGAAGGAUCUAAAGGUGGGUUCUGAUUUAUGCAUAGAAGAUGAUGUUUGCACUCCUAAGGUUGAUGCUGAGCUGAAUGAUGAUGUGGAUUUUGAUGGAUCAAAAGAGGAGGGUGAGGGUGAGAAUCCUACUGGUGGAGAAGCUGGUGCGGCUCUUAAUGAGGCUUCUCAAGUUGUGAGGUUCUUAGAAGGGAAGAGAGAGGAUGAGAUUGCCGAAUUAAGUGGAAAUGAUGCCACCUUGAAAGCAUUGGAUGAGCAGACGAACAUUGAUGACAGGGAGAUAAAUAAAUCAGUGGAGAAAGAAGCAAUUAGUGAUGUUAUGGUUGAGUCAGACGAAAGGCAAAGCGUUAGAGAGAAUGCUGGCAUUUAUGAGCUGGUUGAUUCACGUAGAGAGCGGGAAAUUGAAGAUGAAAAUUUUGAUGAUUCUGAACAGUGUAAAACAAUAGGGGGAAAAGUCACAAAGCGUGUGUCAAAUAAGAAGAGUUCAGGAGUCAUUUUUCAGGCAAGUUAUCAGCUUCCAACAGAAAAGGUACGUCAGUUUUCUUCGUAUGAUUUGGUGUGGGGCAAGGUGAGAAGUCAUCCAUGGUGGCCGGGGCAGAUAUUUGAUCCCUCCGAUUCAUCUGUGGAGGCACAGAAGCAUUUAAAGAAGGGCCGUUAUUUGGUUGCAUAUUUUGGCGAUAGAACAUUUGCCUGGAAUGAUUUAUCUCAACUUAAGCCCUUUAGGACUCAUUUCUCUAAUAUUGUAAAGCAGUGCAAUUCAGAUGCAUUUCAGAAUUCUGUAGAUUGUGCUUUGGAUGAAGCCUCGAGACGUGCAGAAUUUGGGUUGGCAUGUUCCUGCAUACCUGAAGAUACUCAUGACAAGAUUAAACUCCAGACUGUUGAAAAUACUGGCAUUCUACCAGAACUAAGUUUCAUACGCAGAGUGGAUGAAUCUUUAAAUGUUGACUCCUUUUCACCUGAGAACUUUUUGGAAUACUUGAAAACUUUGUCCGAGUUUCCAACCCGUGGCUUUGAUCGAUUGGAACUCUUAAUUGCUAAGGCUCAGUUGCUUGCUUUCCAUCGUUUAAAGGGUUACUCUUGCUUGCCUGAGUUACAAUAUUGUGGAGGUUUGGAUAAUGACACCAAUGCCCUAAUUAAGGAUGCUGAUAAAAGUUUGAGUGACGUUAAUAACCAUGCAAGUCAUUCGAGUAAAAAAUAUGGUCAAACUGGUGCAGGAAAAAUCAAGACAACAAAUAGCUCUUGUCACAAACGCAAGCAUAAUUUGAAAGAUGAAAUAUACCGAGAAAAGAAGAAAAGAAGCUUGUCUGAAUCAGCAGGUGGGACUUCAGAUUCUACACAUGCUGAUUAUCAGUCGGGUGAUGCCACUAAUAAUCUGAUUUAUCCUGACUCUUCCAAGAAAAGGAAGACUAUUGAGUAUUGUGCCGGUGUCUCGGGGAUGAAAGAUAGGAGAAAAACAAUUUCCCUUGCCAAAGUUUCUAAUACAACAAAGCAAUCAUUUAGAAUUGGUGAACGUAUUCUAAGGGUUGCUAAUCAACUUACUGGACCACCCUCUAUGUUGAAGUGUUCUGGAGACGGGUCCCAAAUGGAAGAUGGAAGUGCUAAAGGUUUUUCAAGGAAAGGAUCUGAUGUCUUCUCCUCUAAUCCUGAGAAUACUCAGAAGUCAAGCUUGAUUGUUCCAGCGGAAUAUUCAUCUCUAGAUGAUUUGCUUCAUUUGCUUCAGUGGGUAGCACAUGAACCCCUGGGAGAUUAUAGUUCCUUAAAUGUUAUAGUGAGCUUCUUCUCUGAUUUUAAGAAUUCAACAAUUGUGGCCAAUGAUUAUGGAAAAGAAAUUUCGCCUACUGAGAAAGUUGGUGCUAAAAGGAAGAAACAACCUGUGGGUGGAUCACGGGAAAGGACUGACAUGGAUAUCCAGAUUGAUUCUGAAAAACAGCAGUCACAGAAAAGCAGCAGAAGAGACUAUCAACAUGCCCCUGCUGAGCCAGAAAAACCUAUUAUAGUUUACACCCGCAGGUCCUAUUCCAGGAAACAAUUUUCUGACAACAAUCAUCUUGCGAUUCCUGAAAAGCCUUCUGGUUGUGUAGAUGAGAAUUCCCCAGCUGAACUUAUUUUGAAUUUUGCUGAGCUGGAUUCUGUUCCCUCAGAAUUGAGACUGAAUAAGAUUUUUAGGCGAUUUGGACCUCUAAAUGAAUCUGAGACAGAAAUUGAUACAGGGAGCAGCCGGGCUAGGGUGGUUUUUAAGAAGUUUUCCGAUGCAGAGAUUGCUUUCAAUGGUGCUGAAAAAUUCAACAUAUUUGGAUCAGUUCUCGUAAAUUACAAGCUUAACCGUACUCCAAGUACAUUACUCAAAGCUUCGUCUUUUGCCACAACACUGGACCAGGAUAUGCAUCCUGAUAUCUCCAUUUCUGAACUUAAUACAGUCUAA